AGCAAAAAAAAUCCAAAAACAGGGAUUUUGACAAGAAAGAUGAGAGGUUGACAUCAUUGCAAGUGGAAACUGUGACUGAAACUUCCGACUUCAAAGGGUAUAGUCGGCCCAAGAGGACAACUAGAAGAGCCCUGAACUUUCACUAUGACAUACUGCAAGAAAACGAAAAUUUCGAGUUCAUAUCGAGAUCAGACUCAGAACUCCAACAGCAAGAAAACCUAUGUUCCGAUACAGCUAAUGAUUUCUGUACUUCUUCCCUUAAUCAAGUCCAGGACGAUGAAAAUAAUCCAGGUGGAGAAGAACCAGUCAUAUCAUUUCUGAUAUUUAGCACCAUCCCAAAGAAAAGAAGACGAAGCAGCCCCUCAAAUGAGUACGAUAAUGACAGAGAAAUAGAGCAAAUAUCUGACUGUGGUGACCAAGAACACAUAGCACGAGCUUUGUUGCCAGUUGGUCAUGAGAACUCCAUGCUGACGGAGGCAAGACCAGCAGGAGAGUCAAAGAACACGGAUAUGGCAUCAAAUGACCAAAGAAACACCAGCAGAGAUUCUCUCCAGUUCCAGUGCAAAAGUUUACACAUGUUUCAGACGAUGUUCCAGGUGCGAUUUCCAAACAUUCAAAGAAAACGAAGAUCUGUCGGAAGCAAUAUUGCAAUAUCUAGCACAUCAGCAGCAAAGGACAUUGUCCAACAUGAAACAAUAACUCAGCAUAUUCCGGGUAUGUCCUCUUCAGAAAUAAGAAGUGAUUACCUCUGUUCCAUGCUGCCUGGGGUCAGAGGAGCGACCAUUGAAAAACCAGAUGAAAAUCUACCACGAGAAGUGCAUACUCCUCAGUGGUUGGCAGAAUCGAAUCAUUCAAAGAAGCUGAGAAGAAAGAGAUCUAAAACAAUUACCCGUGCCCGAAACUUCCGUUCUCUAAAGAGAAUUUUAAAAGGUAUCCUUCCUGCACAAGAUCGCGCAGCUUCAGACAAACCUCAAAGGCUUGAAGCCAUAGUUUCAGAAAUGCAGUCAACAGUGUCUAGAAAGAAGCGUACUAAGAGAAACUCUAUAAUGAGCCGACUCCAUGCAAGGAGAUUGCAAAUUCAGUGGAGAGCUCACCUACGACAUCGCCCCACAUCAUUCUUGAAGUCAAUAGGUACAUCUCCAGAUGGACUGUGCAAAACAUUAUUUUCUAUCGACACAAUCUGUGAAUGGUUUGAGCAAUUAGAAAUUAACAGAGAGAGCCCUUACAUUAGACAAAACGCACUGAUUCUACAUCGAACAAGACAUCAAGAGCGAAACUCACUGGUCCUGUGUAGGAGGGAUGGCUCCAUCAUACCUUAUGGGAGGUUUUCCUAUCCUCCCAGGAGAAAACUUCCACGACCAAUGGUGAUGCUAGAUGAUGAAACAACUAGAGUAUGGAAGCUUCUGAUGGUUAAUAUCAACAGUGAGGGUAUUGAUGGAACAAAUGAGGAGAAAGAAAAAUGGUGGGGAGAGGAAAGGACAGUGUUCCAUGGACGUGCAAACUCAUUUAUUGCUCGCAUGCGUCUUGUACAAGGUGAUAGAAGAUUCUCACCAUGGAAGGGAUCUGUUGUUGAUUCAGUCAUAGGAGUUUUUCUAACCCAGAAUGUCUCAGACCAUCUGUCAAGUUCCGCUUUCAUGGCAAUGGCUGCAGAAUUUCCUAACAAGUUGAACUCCAACAAGAGACCAUGCAAUGAAGAAUGGGGAAGCUCACUAACUCAUGAGCCACUGCUGUACUUAGAGGAUUCGGGUGAUGUUGGAUCAGCUCCAUCAAUUUUCAAUCCAAGUGGCAUCAUUGUACAUGAAAUUAACCACGAAGAGGACAACGAUGCUGUUAGUAGUGAUGAAACCUCUACAAUAUCUGGCAGUUUUACUAGUUCUACAGGGGAAUCAAGAGUUCUGCCACUGAAUUCUCCCAAGAAUGGCUUAGAAACAAACUUUAGUUCAGAAACAAAGGAACAUGGCGAGGACAAAGGAGAAAUAUUGGAACCAUCUCAGGAUUCCCUCACUUAUCAAGACUCCAAGAAUUUGAGGCUUGAAAUAAAUGUUGACACAACAGGACUGUGCUCGACAAGUAAAACAGAGAAAAGAGAUUGCACAGAUGGCUUUAGUCUCAACAGCUCGGUUUAUCCUUGUUCAGAGCUGUUAGAUCCGUCACAAGGUACCAUACAACAGAGGCAUGGAAGAGGCAGCAUAUCACAGUUAGAUUCAAUUUCGGUAAAUAAGCUUUUCCUUCUUGAAACUGCAGAAAGAGAAAGUCAAAUCCCAAAUAAUUAUCAGAUUCACUCCUCCCAAGGAAUUUCUACAAUCUCGUCUAGUCCUCCAACUUCUCAAUUUGUCCUCAACCAAGACAUGUUAGAUAACUCCGAGCCAUUGAGAAACAAAACUGUUGAAGACAGUGGACUAAUGAGUAACUAUCAGCAAGAAGAGAAUUAUGUUCUUCAGUCGCAGAAUAAGGAAGGAAACAGAAGACUAGAGAAACUUGUACAUACAGAAAGAUCGUUAAGAGAAAUCCUAGGUAUGACAGAAAACACCAGUCUCCAUGAGAACCAACUGAACAUCCAGAGUGAAACAUCACAAUCAGAAAUGGAGCAGAUGCGCCCAUCUAGACGAAACGACAGGAAAAAAACAUCUACUUCCAAAUCAAAAGGUAGAACCACUAGGAAUGAGAAGGACUUUGACUGGGAUAGUUUAAGAAGGCAAGCAGAAAAUGGUGACCUGAAAAGAGAGAGAACAGCAAGGACAAUGGACUCGGUAGACUGGGAAGCAGUUCGAUGUGCAGAUGUUGAUAAGAUUGCUAAAACUAUCAGACCACGAGGGAUGAACAACAUGCUUUCAGAAAGAAUAAAGGACUUCCUCCACAGACUGGUUCGUGAACAUGGAAGCAUUGAUUUGGAAUGGCUAAGAGACAUCCCACCUGACAAAGCCAAGGAGUAUCUGCUGAGCAUAAAGGGGUUAGGUCUGAAAAGCGUAGAGUGUGUGCGGCUUCUAACACUGCAUCAUCUUGCUUUCCCUGUCGACACGAAUGUCGGGCGUAUAGCUGUUAGACUUGGAUGGGUUCCCCUCCAGCCACUGCCUGAAUCGCUGCAGCUGCAUCUUCUAGAGCUGUACCCUAUCCUAGAAUCAAUUCAACAAUACCUAUGGCCCCGUCUCUGCAAGCUUGACCAAGAAACAUUGUACCAGCUGCACUACCACAUGAUUACAUUUGGAAAGGUGUUCUGUACCAAAAGCAAACCUAAUUGCAAUGCAUGUCCACUGAGAGGAGAAUGCAGACACUUUGCAAGUGCAUUUGCAAGUGCAAGGCUUGCUCUACCGGGGCCAGAAGAGAAAAGAAUCAUUAGAGCUGAUGAAAGAGAAGCUAAACCUGAGCCUGUUGUUGUCAACUUUCAGCAAUCCCUGUUUCUUCCUCCAGGCACAGACAGACCACAAACAAUGCAAACUCUAGAAGCCCUAAACCCCGAAGCAAAGAGUGAAUGCAAAAACUGUGAACCAAUUAUUGAGGAACCAGCAACACCAGAACCAGAGUGCACACAAGAAUUGGCAGAAAAUGACAUUGAGGAUAUAUCAUGUGACGAUGCAGAAGAAAUUCCUACAAUAAGGCUUAACAUGGAAGCAUUCACUAAGAAUUUACAGAACUUGCAGAUGAGUACCGAACUUCGAGAAGGUGAUCUCUCAAAGGCUUUGGUAGCAUUAAGCACUGAGGCCGCAUCAACACCUAUGCCCAAACUAAAGAACUUCAGUCGACUGCGAACAGAGCACCAAGUCUAUGAACUUCCAGACUCCCACCGACUUCUAGAAAGGUUAGACAAGCGAGAACCUGAUGACCCAUGUUCCUACCUACUAGCUAUUUGGACGCCAGGUGAAACGGCUAAUUCCAUUCAACCACCAGAAAAAAGAUGUGUUCGACGAGAAAACAAUACCCUGUGUCAGGAGAAAACAUGUUUCUCAUGCAACAGUAUACGGGAAGAAAAGUCACAAAUUGUAAGGGGAACUCUUUUGAUACCAUGCAGAACAGCGAUGAGAGGGAGCUUCCCUCUGAAUGGCACCUAUUUCCAAGUGAAUGAGGUUUUUGCUGACCAUGGCUCUAGUCUGAACCCGAUUGAGGUUCCCAGGGACUGGAUAUGGAACCUACGAAGAAGGACUGUCUACUUUGGAACGUCCAUAACUGCAAUUUUUAGAGGUUUAACAACAGAGGCUAUUCAACGCUGCUUCUGGAGAGGAUAUGUUUGUGUAAGGGGAUUUGACCAGAAAACCCGGGCACAACGACCUCUAAUGGCAAGACUGCGGAAAGAGAAACUUCAGAACCAAUGA